AUGUCUAUUUCUAUACCUAUCUCUCUAUUUCCGUAUCUAUCUAUCUACGUAUCUCUCUAUCUAUCUACCUAUCUCUGUAUCUAUCUACCUAUCUAUUUCCGUAUCUAUCUGUCUAUUUCCAUAUAUAUCUAUUUCCAUAUAUAUAUCUAUCUGUCUAUUUCCAUAUCUAUCUAUUUCCGUAUCUAUCUAUCUACAUUUUCAUUCAUAUCUUCAGUCUCUUCUUUCCUUCCACCUUUUCAUUACUGUCCUCUCUCUCUCUCUCUUCUCUCUCUCUCUCUCUCUCUCUACUUAUGUAUCUUUCUCUUUCUAUGUAUCCUCCUCUCUGUCUCUCUCCCUUUAUAUCUCACUCCCUCCCUCUCUACUUUUCGCUCUUUCUCUCUAUAUAUGUAUGUAUCUCGUUUUCUCCCUGAUUUUCAAGCUUGUCAUUUCUCUGUUUCUAUCUCUUUUCGUCAUUUCUCCCUUUCUCGCACAUUUUUUGCCACUUUCAUUCCCAUUUUCUCUCUUUCGAUCUCUCGCUUUCUCUCUCUUUCUUUCUCUGUCUUUCUCUCUCUCUCUCCCACUGUCUUUCUCUCUCUCUUCCUCACUUUCAUUCGCGUUUUCCCUCUCUCACAUUUUUGUAUCAUUCCCGACAUUCCAUUCUUUUGUAUAUUUUUAUACAUUGUCCUUCUCCCAUUGUCAUCCUUUUCUUUUUGUCGUUUCAUUGUGUCUUUCAUUCGCAUCUUCGGUCUCUACUUUCCUUUCUCUUUUUCAUUUCUUCCCCCCCCUCUCUCUCUCUCGUUCUCUAUCUAUCUAUCUAUCUAUCUAUCUAUCUAUCUAUCUCUAUUUCUCCUUCACUCACUUUCUCACACGCACACAUGCUUUCUCUCUCUCUUCUUUUCUCUCUCUUUCUGUCUCUCACUCCCUCUCCGUCUACCUAUAUUUUCAAGCUUGUCAUUUCUCUUGGCAUCUUUCCACCUCUUUUCCAAAUUUCUCGUUGUUUUUCCCGUUUUCAUUCCCAUUCUGUCUCCUCCCUCUCUCUCUCUCUCCCUCUAUCUAUCUAUCUAUCUAUCUAUUUCUCCUUCUCUCUCCUUUUUCUCACCCACACAUGAUUUCUCUCUCUCUUUUUUUCUCUCUCCUUCUGUCUCUCAUUCUCUCUCUCUCUACCUAUGUAAUUCUCCUUUCUAUCUAUGUAUCUCUCUCUCUUUCUCAAUUUUUCAAGCUUGUCAUUUCUCUUGGCAUCUUUCCCACCUCUUUUCCAAAUUUCUCGCUUUUUUUUCAUUUUCCAUUCCCAUUCUCUCUCCUAUCUAUCUCUCUCUCUCUCUCUCUCUCUCUCUCUCUCUCAUCUAUCUAUCUAUCUAUCUAUCUAUUUCUAUUUCUCUCUCUUUCUCACACACACAGAUGCUUUCUCUCUCUCUUUUUUCUCUCUCUUUCUGUCUCUCCUCCCUCUCUGUCUACCUAUGUAAUUCUCACUUUCUAUCUAUGUAUCUCUCUCUUUCUCUUUCUCUUUCUCACUCUCUCUCCCACACGCCCUCUCUAUAUAUACCUAUAUUUUCAAGCUUGUCAUCUCUCUUGGCUUCUUUCCACCUUUCCAAAUUUCUCGUUGUUUUUUCCAGUUUUCAUUCUCUUCUCCCCUCUCUCUCUCUCCCCUCUCUCUCUCUCAUCUCUCUCUCUCUCUCUCUCUCUCUCUCUCUCUCUUCUCCCAUUGCCAAUUCUCAACAUUCCUCUUUCUUUCUCUCUACCAUUAUCAUUCCGGCCCUACCUGUCAAUCAUUUUCGCUCUUCCUCUGUUCCCUCCCUCUCGCUUUCUCUGUUUCUCUUCAUCUUUAUCCCUUUUUUCCAUAACUUGAAUUCACUUCCUCCCUUAUUACAGCAGCAAGCGGAGCUUUCAUUCUCACUGUCCACCCCCCCUCUCUCUCUCUCUCUCUCUCUCUCUAUCUAUCUAUCUAUCUAUCUCUAUCUCUAUCUAUCUGGUCGACUGCUUGUCAACUCCAUCCAGCUCCAAGACUUCGACUUAGUGCAUAAACAGUGCGUAAACAUGAAACCGGUCCUUCCCCCCCUCUCUCUCUCUCUCUCUCUAUCUAUCUAUCUAUCUAUCUAUCUUUCUCCGGCCAGUCAAAUCACACCACGUUGCGUCAUUAUUCUCAUUCGCGUCGCUGUGUACAAAAAAUAA